AUGUCUGAGACACAGCUUGUGUGUCAGAAGUGCAGGGACCCUGUGUUGCUGGAGAACUCCCAUGCAUCAGGGCGGAAUGCCCUGAGGCGUGUGUGUACAGGUUGUGCAGCAACUGACAAGUCCUUGCAGAGGUCUUGCAAGACCAAGGCUAAGGGGGCUGACGAAACCCCGGCAGAGCAAGAAAUGAGAAUCAAGGCCGAAAAGGUCAAAAGCGAAGUGGCCAAGAUGAGCGAGGAGGACAGAGCCGAGUGGUACAGGAAGCAGAAAGCGAAAAGAGAAGCUGAAGGAUUCAGCAACAAAAAGCGCACGUUUGAAUCCGGCGUCGGAAUCGUGGAGGAGAAUCGCAGCCGGCGCAGCGGCAGCGAUGACGUGGCCCGGUGGACCAGAUUCCGAGACUGGGCCGCAACAGAAAGGUUGGUGACCGGUUGCUCGCCCGAGGAGCUCCCCACGCGUUGGAAGCGGGAGCUGGACAAGCCGACCAGCCAGACGAAGACUGUGAAUGGCGAGGUCCUGCUGCGUGUGUGGACCGGCCUGGAAGACAGAGAUGGCAGCCGCCACAGCAUCACAGCAGGCCUCAAGCAGAGGUGCGAUCUUCACAACUCCGAGGACUUGGAGGCCUUCGGCACCCAAGCGGACAUGCGACUGCAAAGGGGAGAGACGUUGCUGCGUGCAGACCGCAUGAGCUCAGAUGCCUCCGGGGUCCACAGAGAGACCCCUCUGCUUCAGAUCCAAGCAGACAUGGAGGCGACGAGCAAACAGAGGAUGCUGGCUGAGCAACAGCUGUACGAGGAGGCCGAGAAGAUUGAGGAGAAAAGGCGACAACUCCUCUCCCAGAAGCCCAAGAUCUCCUCGGCCGCUUUGGAGAAGCUCCAGUUCGAGAACUGCAUUGGCAGGGCGAGGUCGAGUUGUGAAGCGAGUUUGAGUCGUUUCAAGACAGCUCUCAAGACCCUCAAGCUGGAGAUCGAGCAGAUGUCCGAGAACGACCCCACCACCAUGGCCGAGAUGAAGACAAGGACGGACAACUUCGAGGAGAUCUACAAGGGUGCCGAGCAGUACUUGGAGGAAACGAUCGAGAAAUGGACAACUGCUUUGGAAAGCAACCCUUCGGACACCUCCGACGAGGCCGCCGAGAAGUGGCACCAGUACUUCAUGGAUGUUUCGGCCUUUGUGAAGACGUUCGCAUCAAGAGAUGCGGUGAAAAAGGUGAAGGACAACCUGACGGACAUCAGGGCCUGGUGUGCCGAGUACAAGAAGGGCUGCAACAAAAAGAAGCGACUGUCAGUUUCCUUGGCAAACAAGGCAGCCAAGAGCCAGAAGACAGGUAACCUGCCUGCCCUGUCGAACCUCUUCUGGACCCAAGCAGUGGAGAACAUCGAUGAGGAUCAGGGCGUGAUGUUUGCCGCUGCCGACUGGGUUGAGAAGGAGAACCAGGCCUUUGCCCUGGUUCUGGCUGCAGCCCAGAACCAGCAGCUGUUGCAGGAGUGGCUGGAGUUGCCGUACUACGAGCAGCAGAAGACCUGGCUGGCCGAAAGCUGGAAGAAAGGCAGCGGCCCCGAGCUGUCAACCAACGUGGUCGCCAAACCGCAGCUUUGCACCAGGCUCAACAAGGAUUGGAUGAGCUGCCUUGGCAAUGCAUCCAAGCACAUCAAGGAUGUCACCACAGACGGUGAUUUGAAAGAGGUGUUUUCGCCAAUGUUUUGGAGCAUGGGGAAAAAAACCAGCAAGAUCUACUUCACAACAGACUAUGCCUUGACUGAGUUCAAGAUGUGCUUGGAGGGCACAUCUGUGUGCUGCGGAUUCCAGAUCAAUACCACGAUGAUGAAAGACGGCUUCAAAGCUUUCUGUGAUAUGACCCUGGCCACGGACCCAAAGGAGUUCCUGAAUAUCUGCCAGAAAAAAGGCUGGAUUGUUCAUCUGUCCCCGGGCAAAGCCCUGGGCAUCCCAGCCGGCCACUGCUACUGUCAGAUGGCCCAGGACGUCACCCAUGGCUGCCGGGUCCUGAAGCUGAGGGCCAGCGAUGACAAGUCAUCCGUUGGCCUGCUGACCGCACGAAUUGCGGAUUAUCCAGAGCUGAUUGGUUUGCGCACUGGCAGGCUCCUGAACUGGAUUUCCGGCAGUCAGGAUGCUGCAGCUGCAGCUGCCCCUUCCGCAACGAAGGAUGUUGUGGGGGCAGCGUAG